CCACCGCACCACCAUCAUCACCCACCGCACCACCAUCACCACCCUCCCCACCACCACCAUCAUCCACCCCACCUCCAUCACGACCCACCCCAACACCAUUAUCAGCCGAUUACAAUAGAGUUACCCCCCGAGAAAACCACGAGCAGUAUUGCAAAUGCGGGUCUCGGCAACACUGUCAACAUCAAUUUCUGCUCUUCGUGUUCUUACAGGGGAACAGCAGUGACAAUGAAGAAUAUGUUGGAUAUUGCUUUUCCUGGAACUGAGGUUAUUCUUGCUAAUUAUCCUCCAUCGCUUCCAAAGCGUCUGCUAAGCAAAUUGAUUCCAGUUGUUCAGAUUGGUGUUAUAGGAGUGGUUGUUGCUGGGGAGCAUAUAUUUCCAGUAUUGGGUUUUGCUGCACCUCCUCCUUGGUAUUUCAAUUUGCGUGCUAAUAAAUUUGGAACCAUUGCUAGUACUUGGCUUCUUGGGAAUGCCUUGCAGUCAUUCUUACAGAGCUCUGGAGCAUUUGAAAUUUACUUCAAUGGUGAACUGGUUUUCUCUAAACUGAAAGAGGGAAGGUUUCCUGGAGAGAUCGAGUUGAAGGAUUUGAUUACCAAAAGGAUGACAAGUUCUAUACGUGUUAAUGGUGUGUCAGAAUUGAUGUCUUAGUGCCUUUGGUGGAGCCAUAUUUUAAACUGUCAUAAAAUGUAACUGCACCUCACAUUGCAAUGUGAAGUAAGAGGUUGGUAUACAUUUAUAUAUAUCUUAGGAAUAUCAUGUUGUAAUGUUUAUCCUGGUGCAUAAACUUUGUGUAUUGAAAGAACUAAGUAACUGCUGAAGGAAAAGCUAGCUCAGGUAAUAGUUUGUGUAAUUUGUUUUCACUGUGAUAUCUCUUUAUCAUCAGCUCCAAUAACAUCCAUAUACUACGUUCAAAAUUGAA